AUGAGUUUAGUGGACAAGUACAAACUUGUGCUGGAAAACAAAAAAACUGAUGCCAGCAACCUCCAUCAGAAGCAGCGCGCGUGGGACAAAAUUACUGCGGAGUACAACGCUCAGGCCACAAUGAUUACCGUCAGACGCACUGCUACACAGCUAAAAAAGCUGUGGAAUAAUUUAAAACAAAGGAAAAGGAAGGCUAAUACGGAGGAUAAUAAAUACCAGCGCCUCGUUACUGGUGGAGGUCCAGAGCCUUCCUUCCAGGACCCUGUGAUGGAAGCAGUUAGCGUGGCAGCACCACAUGCAGAUGUGAUGAUGUCCUGUAAAUGGGAUAUGACAGGCGUCUACGAGAGACAGCAGGCAGAGGAGACAUCACAUGCUACAAUGCAAAACUAUGAAGUCAUUGAAGUAGUUGUGGAAAAAGGGGAGGAACCAAAACCGGAACCAGAGGAUAUUUAUCCCUUCACUUCUGGGUUGAGCAUUAAAAAAAUGGUCGCUGCUACUCCAAAAACCACCUUCACAGCUGACCAUCCUUUAUGUGCUGCCAAACAAACGGCUAGUGGAACUGGGCGACAAGGUCGGGCUGUCCAAAAAGAGGCACACAUAAGGAUGAAGAAGGUGGAGGAGAGCACUCAACAACAACUCCAACUACAUAGUGUUCGACAAAAAAUUGAGGAGGAAAACAUGCAGACAGCUGUUCUAAGGAGAAAAGUAGAGGAAGAAAACCUGCGGACAGCCACAGCAUUGCGAAAAAAGGCUGAGAUAGAGGCUGAGCUAGCUAUGCUUCAUAUGGAGUUGUUUAAAAAUAAAAACAUCUAA